UCACUGGAUUUCCCGAACCGACCCGACUCUGUGUGCUUACAGUCGGAGCACCUCCGAGCAAUUGUGCCCAAAUCAAAGGCAGAUUCUGGGAGGUCACGCCGGGAUAGAGUUGGAAUAAAAUGCAGCGGGGCAAAAAUGGAAAAUAUUUUUGUUUUCACGCAGAGUAGGGGACGAAGGAAGAAGAGAGAGAGAGAGGGACACACACACGCACGCACACACACGCACACACACACACACACCGAAAGAGGCGAGUCUUCGCUCCAUCCUCACUCUGUGGAUGUCUCCACAUCCUCAUCAUCAUCCUCAUCAUCAUCAGUGUCUCACCGGGGGCUGCUACUGUGUGACAUUUCGCUACGUUCAGCUCCAGUUGCGCCGUUUAAGCUGUACGGUCCUGUACAUGGACACGCAGACACACAUCGCUAAAGAAGCACACGCAGACGAAGGAGAGUUACAAAUGCCAACCAACAAGCCAGGAGGUGUGGCACCGCGGCCGUGUGCCGUUUGUCGCGGGACGUGGACCGGUCACUUUGCUUCUGAAGAUGUGAGGGAAAAAAGGAAGCCAAGAGUCCGGGCAACUUCAUGCGUCACACGUGAUCACAGCAGCAACUAAUUGUCGCCUUUAAGUGGCGGACUUUACCUGCGCUCUCGUGGAACUUGGGGAAGGGUGCGCUCCAUGUUUCAUCUAGGACACACCGGUACCGACGGUGCCGGCGGGACGUUGAAAUAAUAAUAAUAAUAAUAAUAAUAAUAAUAAUAAAAAUACACUUGCAAUAACAAAAAGAGGAGAGAAAAAAAAAAUCAACAUUUUAGCGGGGGGCUUGAGGCGGGCAGCUUCGCGCUGUGGACCGAGUGAUGCCGGACACGUUGAUGCUCCUGAAGAACCGGACAGAGCCACGGCUGGGGCAGCUGGAGCGCAGCCUGCCCGCGGAGGGCACCGCUCGGCCUGCCUGGGUCAUCGCUAUACUGGCCAGUGUCUUGAUCUUUACCACGGUGGUUGAUGUGCUAGGAAACCUGCUGGUCAUCAUUUCGGUGUUCAGGAACCGCAAGCUGAGGAACGCAGGUAAUGUGUUCGUGGUUAGUCUGGCAUUUGCUGACCUUGUGGUAGCCUUCUACCCCUAUCCCCUGGUCCUUUAUGCUCUCUUCCAUGACGGCUGGGCGCUUGGAAACACUCAGUGCAUGGUCAGCGGUUUCCUCAUGGGGCUGAGUGUCAUUGGCUCCAUCUUCAACAUCACUGGGAUUGCGGUGAACAGAUACUGCUAUAUCUGUCACUCCUUCUCCUACAGCCGACUGUACAGCUACCGCAACACGUUGCUGUUUGUUGCCUUAAUUUGGGUGCUCACUAUCGUGGCCAUCGUCCCAAAUUUCUUCGUUGGUUCUCUGCGCUAUGACCCACGGGUCUACUCCUGCACCUUUGCCCAGAAUGUCAGCAGUUCCUACACUGUGGCGGUGGUAGUGGUUCACUUUCUGGUUCCCAUUGCAGUAGUGACCUUUUGUUAUCUUCGCAUUUGGGUUCUUGUGAUUCAGGUGCGGCGCAAAGUAAAGACUGAAGACAGCCCUCGUCUCAGACCAAGUGACUUGCGGAAUUUUAUCACCAUGUUUGUUGUAUUCGUCCUGUUUGCAAUCUGCUGGGCCCCACUCAACUUGAUAGGAUUGGCAGUGGCAAUAGAUCCAACUCGCGUGGGUCCCCACAUCCCCGAGUGGCUUUUUGUUGUAAGCUACUUCAUGGCCUACUUCAACAGCUGCCUGAAUGCCAUCAUCUAUGGUUUACUCAACAGGAACUUCAGGAACGAGUACAAACGCAUCGUCACCUCUGUCUGGGUGACGCGGCUGUUUGUGACGGAGACGUCGAGGGCUGCCACGGACGCCAGGAGCAUGAGGAGCAAGCAAUCACCGCCCCCGCCGCUCAACAAUAAUGAGUCAGUCAGAGACCGUGCAAACAAAGAAUGAACCUUGGAUUCUCGAGGGUUUCAUGUGGUAAUUCCUGUUUUUUAUGUGGUAUCAAGGCAGCUGUGCAGCUAAAGAGUAACAAGAAACUAAUGAAACUGGAAACCGUGGCUUUGUUUCCUAAUUCACAGCAGAGAUUUGAACACUUAUGAAACACACAAAGCUUACGAAAGUCUCUGAAGUGCUUUUAGAAUUGGCUCAUCUUUUAAAGCGACGACAAUGUGUGUUCUGUCGGAGUCGUUCACAUCCACAAAGCAAAAAGCCCAGCAUUUCAGUUUCAUUAUGUAAUUAUUACUCUUGACAGACUGAUUGGUACUAUAUGAUUACAAUGAAAAUGUGAUAUCCUUUAACUUGUGCUGCUGUAGACGCGUUUCACAAAACUGGGUAAGCACCUCUAGUAAACACAUUUUUUAGUAACUUCAAACGCCUCAAAUAAUUAAACUCGCCUCACCUGGAAGCUUUACAAGGAGCUUUUCAUAACAGAGAUGGGAGAAUGACAGAUAGCAAAGUCUGUCAUUUUAUUAUCAGAGUUUUACAUGUUGGCAGUUAUGUGGUUAGAUUUACACUCUCAACCUAAAUGCUGCAGUAGCAUACCUUAUACUGCCUAGUUUGAUCGUCUUUGCACUAAAAUAACAGGAAAAAGAACUUAGUAAAAAACAACUUAGUAAAUGAAUUCAGGAUAUUAAUUAAAGUUUGUUUGACAAGUUAAAUCUAUCAUCAAGUCACUUCAUAGGUGUUUUUAAUCUAUUUUAUUUUUUAUAUUUUUUGCAUGUGAUGUGGCAUGUGGAGGAAACCGAACUCUUGAUGCUGUUCCAGCCUACAAACCCACAGUUUUCAGCUACUGUAAUCUGAGCCUUAGCAGAAAACUACAUACAGUAAGAGGCAUAAUUUUGUAAAACAUGAUUUAUAUCAUAAUUUGGUUAAUUAACAUAAGCAUGUGACUUUAUUGUAUUUUUAAUGAACUUAUUAGUUCAUAAAAUUAAGUAACACUGCCUGGCCACCAAAAAAAACAAAAAAAGGUCACACACUCUAAUAUUUUGUUGGACCGCCUUUAGCUUUGAUUACAGCAAUGAGCUUCUGCAGUAUCACAAGCUGUAUUUCGAUCCAGUGUUGUAUUAAUUUUUCACCAAGAGAUUGCACUGACGAUGGUCGAGUCUGGCGACUGCAGCACAUCCCAAAGAUUCCUAAAGGUGUUUGAGUCUGAAGUCUGGUGGCAAAUCCAUGUGUGAAAAUGUCUCAUGCUGCCCGAGUUCUACUGUUGUUUUUCUGCAAUUUGAUUUUACCAAACGCCUAUCGUGAUCAUUCAGGAUUUUUUUUGCCAGCACAUUUCUUCCUCACAGACAAUGGAUCCCCACUAUCAUUCCAGUUUUUAAUAAUGGACAGUUCUUAACCAAAUUUUAGUAGUUUCUGAAAUCUCGUUGGCUGUUUUAUCUGCUUGAUGCAUGCCAAUGAUUUCACCCAUCUCAAACAGACUGAUAUCUUUUCCACGACCACGGGAUGUGUUUGUCCACAUGGUUGUUUAAGAAAUGAGAAGCAACUGAUUGCACCGGUUCGGGUUAAAUAACUUGUUGUCAGCUGAAACAUAAUCGCCCAUUCAGUAAUUAUUCAAUAGGAGGCUUGUACCUAUUUGGUUAGUUAAAUCCAGGUGGCAAUAUUUUUUUUUUGGCCAAACAGUACGUAGUGUAGCUGUUCGAAGCGGUUAAUUAGCUAAGAAUCAAGUUGAAGUACCAUUUAAAUACCUACAAAUAAAGCAGAAUUCUAUUGCUAAAAAGAAAAGAUUGCGUAAUUAAGUAAAUGAUUACAUCUAAGGUUAUUAUGUAUGGGCAUGUUAGUGAACUUUGCAACACUAUUGGUUCUCAUGAAGGCAGUCGAUAGUCUUCUUGGCUUCUCCUCUAUCUUUCUCAUUACUUUUAUCAACUCCUGGGAGGUACAGCAGAGAUUAAAUACUUUUUUCCCCCAAAGUGGAUUGUGAGUGAAUUAUAAACUUUAACAAUUUAGACAUCAAGCAUGUAAAAUACAAGCUAUGUUGUGCUCAGUUACUCUAGCUUGUCUGACUAUUUCCAUUUGACAAUGACUUGUUCUUGGAGAAACGUUUGUGAUAUGUGCUUUUAUUAAUCAAUAUCAAAACAGUGUUCAACAGCAACACAAAACCAGUGGACUCUGCAAUGAUCAUCAAUUCUUGAUCAUUGUUUUAAAGUUCUGCUUUUCUAACAUCCUUAUUAUUUUAUUGGAAAUAGCCAGCUGAAUAUAGGUGCACUGUGGUUGUUUUCAGGUUAGCUGUAACUUUUAAGUAAAGCUCACUUUGGACUAAACGUUCCAAGAAAACACCACCAAACCGUUGCACUAUCGUCAGGUAUACCUGACCGGUACAGGUCAGGAUGGAUCAACGCUUUCCUGUUGUUUGUGCCAGAUUGUGACAUAAACAACACAGUAUCCGAAUGUUGAGACUAGAGACUCAACAAAACAUUCAAUUGUCUUACAAUAUGUUAAUUUUAAAGGGCAGUGCAUCUGCUUAGACUGUUGUCUCAGUUUCCUUCUGCUGUUGUGGCCCAUCAGUUUCAAGCUUCAGCGUAUUCAGAGCCAGUGUGCCACCUAUCCUAUUCCUUCUAUCAUCCACACAACACUUACUGGAUGCUUUGUCUUUUUUUUAAAUCAUCUUGUUUGAGCUUUAUUUUCCUCCAGUUUGCCAAUGCGUAACAUAUUAUAGUACAUCAUAGUUAUAGUUUUAACAAAUCUGAGUUUAUUUGAAAUAACAAAUACCAAUUUUACUGCCUCUAUAUUUAUAAAUAAGUUAAAAUACAUCCCUUAACAGGAAAACACUGCAGUCAUUUUUGGCAUUUUGUGUUUGGAAAGUCAGACAGAAGGACAGAGACUUCUCAUUAAAGAGCUCUGUGCACUGAUGUCAAUCACCAACUAAAUCUAAAUGCAAUAACUAUCUUUCAAUUUCACCAAAAAGCCCAGUGCAGCUGCAUGGCCAUGAUUCUUUAUGCACACCAACACAUCACUAUGCAACUCAAAUGCAGUGUUUGUCACAGUUCAAGGGAUUCACAGCAGUCGGUGUGAACUGAUAACGGAGUCCAUCAGCUUAGGACAGCUGUACUUCCAGAUGUCACAGCAAAUCACAGAUUUAUCAUGAAAAAGAUAUGAAUGAUGUUGCUGGUUUCCAGUCUGUGUCAUAUGAAAAAGAGGUCAAGAUUUGUCCUGGUCUACUAAGUUAGUAUAUAUUCCGUACCAAACCAAUCAACCGUCCUUAGCAACAUGUAUAUUGGUUUCAUACAGUAUAUUGGUUUCCUCUGCAUCCUACAUCAUAUGCUGCACAAUAUGUAGAAGUCUCUCAGUUUGAGUUCUUACUCUUAAUUCUAAUACUUAUAUGCAAAACAUUAGGCUUUCAUUUUAAGAUCUUUUUUCUUUCCGUUUUUGUUUUUUUAACAAACAAAACCAAACUAUAUUACCAGGGAUGUAGUAUUUCAAUCCUUUCACUGUGGAUUUAACACAAAAAAAAUAUGAUCAGCUAUUUAGGGAAAAAGUGUAAGGAGUUGGUCUCUUUGUACUAUAAAAUUUGACCAACUGAUAUUUAUCACCUCUUUAUCAAAGAGUGAUUCAAACAACUUGGAUUGUGGCGAACAUACAGCUCAUAUCUGUAUUCCCAUCUCAGGGUGCCUAUUGAAUAUUUUGCUGUUAUACACACUUGUCCAAACAAUCGCAGUUGAUCAGCUGCAGUAUAAGGGAGUCUGAAGACAUUUAAAAGGAAUAUUUUGUAAAUUAGUGUCAGUGUGGUUCUUAACUGUUGUAUAUUGUUAUCAGAGAUGUAUUUAAAAUGUGCUUUUUUAAAAAAAUAUAUAUAUACUCAGUAAUCCCUACGCAGUUAAAUGUAUGUUCUUGAAUAUUACUUAACCUCUCCUCCCAUUAUACUGCAUUUGCUAAGUGCAUCUAAAACAUGUCUUGUAUAUUGGGCCCAUUCAUCGCAUUUGUACAAUGUAAAUCGAUUGAUAUAGAAAAAAUAUAUAUCUCUUAAAAUGGAAAGUUUGAAAAGUAAGGAAUGACAAAGUAAGUGUGUAAAACAUGUUCUUGUGUUAUUUUACUUUAAUAUUUAAAUUGCUUUUGAGAACAUGUUACAUGCUCUUAAACAGGGUAAAAAAAAAAAUUUAAAAAAAAGGUGGAAGCCAUAGGUAAGAAUGUUACUUUGAUAGAUGCAGAGCUCACAGCAUUAGUGAAGCAGAAAAGUUGUGAAGCAAUUGCAGUUGAAUGAAACCAGUUACUUUUGUGAUACACAAAUGGCUAAAAACAAUCUGUUGGAAAAUAUUGCUUUGUUGAAAAGUUGGGAGUAGAUCGACAUCAGCGGUUACGUCAGAGGUAAGAGAAAAUCAUUGAAAAAGUGAUGCUGCUACUUUAUAAUGACACACUACAGCAGCUACAGAAUGUUUUAGAUGCACUUUGAGGGAGCUAAGAGAUCAAUCCAAACCAAAGAAAUGUGUAUAGAUAAAGGAAAUAAGAUGUACAUACUCUACGUCAUGACAUUAUGGGGAGAAAUCUGAAAAAAAUUAAAAUAAUUCCCCCAUAAUGUCUGUUUUAUUUGUUUGUUGUUGUUUUUUUCAAGAAUACUGCCUUACAAUUGAUAAAAUUGUGUCAAAGUAAAAAAAUAUGAUGGCAAGUGCCAUAAUUCCUUGUAUGUACCAAUUUAGUAAGCCUGGUUUGCCUCUAUCCUGCUUUGUUGUGACACCCUCAAGACAGUUGUCUAUUAAAUGUUUUUUCUCUCUGCAGUUUCGUGCAGCCACUUAUAUGCUGAGCUUACAGGCAUGAGAUGCAAUUAAUGAACCAGAGGAACAACGAUUACCGUUUUUUUCUUCUGUAUUUCCUAUCUGUGCCCUUUGAUAAAAUGAUGUAUCUGUAUUUAUGUUCCUUUAAAGUGUGUUCUAUGUCAGCACGCUUACUUUACUGGAUUAAUGUAUGUCAUCUCAACAAAUAGUUUGCCAGCUCCAGUGUUCUGUUUGGCUAGUUGUCACUGAGAUGCUGUAUCUCACCAAAUGUAGUAGAGCACAAGUUUUUCUCAGCUUUAGUUUUGAAAUACAUUUUCUCUGCUGCAAGUUCAAAUAGAUGAUUACAUUAGAAAAAAGUUAAAUAAUGCGUCUUUGGUUGAUACAGUGCCUUGUAAGUGUAUCCGUACCAUUUUACUUUUUCAACAUAGUGUCACAUUACAACCUUAAACUUCAACGUAUUUUGGUGAGAAAAUUUGCAUUGUUCAAAUAGAACCAAUAGAAGUCCCAUUUGCAGUUUGGCAUAAGCUACAAAGGGACAGUACUGGUCAGAAGAAACCAAACCUGAGCCUCUACACCAGUGGUCUUAAACUGCAUUCCUCAAGGACCAGAAUCCUGCAACUUUUAGAUGCGUCUGUUGGCUUGCACACUUGAAUGAAAUGGUGAAACUGCCUUGUUAGCAUGCAGUCAAGCUCUACAGAGCUCUGCUAAUGGACUUGUAUUGGAGUCAGGUGAGCUGAAGCAGAGAGACAUCUAAAAGUUGCAGGAUAACCCUUGAGAAAUGCAUUAUGAGUCCACUGUUCUAAACCUACAUGCAAAAUGUGGUGGAAAAUUAACACUGCACUUCUCCCUGAACAACACCACGCCCAUGAGAAAGCAUGGUUGGCAGCAUCAUGCUAUUAUUCUUUUCUUUGCCAGGUACAGGUAAGCUGGAGGAUGGAUGGAGCCAAGUAUAUGGCAGUGCUGAAAUACAACUCGUUAAAGACUGAGAUUGGUGCAGAGUUUAACCUUUCAAUAGGACAAUAACUCUAAAAACAAUUUCUAUUUGAAUCAAAUACUCAAAUGCAAGAAUGACUCAGUCAAAGUCCACAUAUCAAUGUAUUGCAAAAGCUGUACAAAGACUUGAAAAUUAAGGCACACAUGUACUUCCUGUCAAAUCUAAGUGAGCUUGAGAGAUUUUGCAAAUAUCUACAGACAAAACCCUUUAAACCUCUGGAUGGACUAAGACAGAAGACACUUACCCCAAAACUCAUGCAUGUAUAAUUAUAGUAAAUGGCUAUUUUCCAUAGUAUUGAGGGGAAUGAAAUACCCAAGCCACAAUUUUCAGAUUUUUGUUUUUCCUUCCACGUCAAAAUUAGGUGAUACUUUGAGUUGAUCUGCCGCCUACAAUCUCAAUGAAAUAUAUGGAAAUUUGUGGUUUUAAUGUGACAAAAUGUAAAGUAGCAUAAGGCUGCGUAUACUUUCGCAAGGUACUGCAUGACAAGUCUUGCAAUUGAGCUUGUUGCACUAUAAGUACAAUACUUGGUCCCAGUUUCAUAAAACAGAAUUACUCCCUUGUAUUUAAUUAGAGAUCUACAUUUUGUUUGAAGCCAGUGAAAUGCUGCAGCAAAAUGUUGUGUUUGGUAAUAACUGAUAUGUUUGCACUGUAUACACGCCUUGAAUGCCUACUAAAUUCUGUUAUUUAAUUACAGUUGGGGCAAGCUUCUACUAGAUGCUGCAUGCAGUACAAAUACAUUGUUUUGAUCUCCUAAAAAGAUUGGACUUUUUUUUAUCUUUACCACAUAACAGAAUCAACAAAUAUUCUAACAGAAGUAAUCAGAAUUUCAGACAUCCAGGACACUGCACGAUCCCAUACAGUUAAAGCUUUGCAAAGUAUUAAAACUCUCAAUCUUUCUCACAUUUUUUCAAGUUAAAACUACAAAUUCCAGUGAACCUUAUUCUGGCUUUUAUCAUUGUUGAAGUGUAAGGAACACAUUAUUUUCAUUUUCCCAAAUAAUACAAGGCUAAGCGACAGGCUUGGAUUUGUAUAUUCUAAUUAGUAGAGCCACCAUUUCACUGCAAUUAGAUCUGCAAGUCUUUUAAGAUGUGUCUCUACCAGCUUGAUACAGCUAGAAUCUAAAGUUUUUUUCCCUUCAUCUUUUUCAAAAUGGCUCGAUCUAAUCCAGUUUGAAGGAGAGAAUCUGAGCAGCCAUUUUCGAGAUUGGCCAAAGAUGAUCAUAAAUAUAAUCUAUUCCCAAUACUCAGAUUAAAUUACAUAUAUACAGGCAGUUUGCUGUGCUGGGUUUUUUUUAGGGCAUGAGAUUAAACUUGAAGGUAACUCAAAUCUUUUCUAAUUCGAUGAGAAAACAACAUAUCCUUUUACCUUCACCUCGAAAUUAUGUACUAGUUUGUGAUGGUUUAUCAUAAAAUUAUUUUAAAAAAUACACUGAAGUUUAAAAUAUAUUACUUUUGCAAGUCAUUGUAUGUGAUAGGCACCAAGCCAGGCACUCUGUUUCAAAGAGGAGACAUUUCAGCACUGGAACCUCUGCGCUUUAUUGACUGCAUGGCAUGACAAAACUGAAUAUGUCACAUACCUGGCAAAUGAUUAACAUGUCAGUUGUGAAGCAUUGCUUUUCGUGUCCUUUAUCUUAACAAUGAAAGGACAUUGUUGUGUGUGUGCUUGAGAGAGAGCCGGAGCGUGUUUGUGUGGGGGUGUCAUUAAAGGAUUAUUUAACAGCAUGACAACACCAGCUGACUAUGGAAAACAGCGGAGGGUGCAACACUGAUCAAAUUAUUCGCAACGUACCUUUGCAAAGAUGAAAAUAAAAUGAUAAGCCUUGGAAGCAUAAUUGAAUUCUCUGCUGUCAGAGGAGUGACAUGAAUAGUGAAGUGUUGAAACGCUCCAUACCUCCUGUAGUGUUUCCAAACAAGACACUAAUACAUGGUACACUCUUCAGGCCUUCAACCAUAUUAAUGAGAGCUAGAUUCAAACAUCGGCAAAGCGCAAGUUCUUCUCUGUUGAUGAAUAUUAACACUCACUGGCCCCCUAAUUGUCUACAGCACAUUGCACACAGGUAGCAUUUUUUUCCCUGAAAACUUCUAGGCAUGCACUGCUUGAAAUGUUGAACAAGAUGUCUUGUUCAUACCGACCUGAUGCUGUUAGGGAACAUCCAUCCAAAAGAUGUGGUGUCUUUAAGCCCAGUAUGUAACUAAUUAAAUGUGACGACCUGACCUUUAUGUCAUAAAUGGCUUUUAUGAAUAAUGAUUUUACAAAAAGUCUUUUUACAACCAAAAUAAAGAAGAAAGUUGAAAUGUUGGAAACUAUUGACCGAAUGUGCAUUUUCAGCAUUUGGUCACCUGACUUUCUGUGUCAUGAUGCAUUUCUUUUGUUUCAGAGGCUGUGUGAAUUCGCAUGCUUGUCUGGUGUUAUUUGUGGCCGUUGGCCGCUGACAAGAAUUCUCUAACAAGGAGGAUGUCCGGAGGAGGGUCUGAGUAACCAAAGGGAAAACACUGGAAUGUAACUGAACUAUAUGUGUGUGCGUGUGUGUGUGUGUGAGAGAGAGAGACAGAGAGUGUAAAGAUAUACAUUGUAUGUACAGUUUUCCUGAAACACAGCGUUACGGAAAAAUAAAAUUGGUACAUCGUA